CUUCUCUCUCUCUCCUCGGUUGCGCUGCGCGUCUGAUUUUUCGGAGGCGUCGUUCCUUUUGUGAGAGGGAGAGGAAGAAGAAGAAAGGGAGGCGAAACUGCCGAGCGCGUGACGUCACUCGCCUCUCCCAUCUUCCCUUCUCUCUCUCUCUCUCUCUCCCCCCCCUUCCGUCCGCUCUGCGCGUUGCUCACUUCGCUGUUGCCAGAUUCAUUCUUAAAGGAUGGCUACUGCAACUGUUUCUUCUUCUGGUCCGCGCUAUGCUCCAGAAGACCCGACGCUUCCCAAACCAUGGAGAGGUCUUGUGGAUGGUAAAACUGGUUAUCUCUACUUUUGGAAUCCAGAGACCAACGUUACUCAGUACGAGAGGCCCAGUGCAGCCCCCCACAAACCUUCUUCAGCGCCUUUGAGUUCGUCAAUUCAGGUGCAGCGGUCCUUGGAAGGGCAAAGGCGUGGCUAUAGUCCUGAAAGGGGUGAUGACAGGCAUGGAAGGGGUAGCAGUGGUGGAUCCGGGUCUGAUGAUGGAUCUAGGAGUAACCAGAAUGCUAGAGCUGCAACUACCAACUCUCAAAAUACUGUAAAAGGUAUAGUUCCUGGUGGUUAUGGUGCAUCGAACACAGGAAGCAGUGUAUCAGCAGAUGCAUACCGGCGGCGUCAUGAAAUUAUAGUUCACGGUGAUAAAGUGCCGCCACCUCUGAUGUCAUUUGAAGAUACAAAUUUCCCUUCUGAGAUUCUCAGGGAGGCACAGGCUGCUGGGUUCUCUGCCCCAACUCCAAUUCAGGCUCAAUCAUGGCCCAUUGCUCUACAAGGUCGGGAUAUUGUAGCCAUUGCUAAAACUGGUUCAGGGAAGACAUUGGGGUACUUAAUACCAGGCUUUAUCCAUCUGAAGCAACGGCAUACUGAUCCACGGAUGGGUCCAACUGUGCUGGUGCUGUCACCAACUAGGGAAUUGGCAACCCAGAUUCAAGAUGAAGCUGUUAAAUUUGGAAAAUCAUCCAAAAUUUCUUGCACGUGCCUCUACGGAGGAGCACCAAAGGGUCCUCAGUUGAGAGAUCUAGACAGAGGAGUAGAUGUUGUGGUUGCCACACCUGGCCGUUUGAAUGAUAUCCUGGAGAUGAGGAGGAUCAGCCUCAUGCAAGUGUCAUACCUUGUGCUCGAUGAAGCUGAUCGCAUGCUGGACAUGGGCUUUGAGCCUCAGAUUAGGAAGAUUGUAAAGGAGGUCCCUUCUCGCCGCCAGACCCUCAUGUACACUGCAACUUGGCCUAAGGAGGUCCGAAAGAUUGCUGCAGAUCUCCUUGUUAAUCCUGUUCAGGUCAACAUUGGUAAUGUUGAUGAGCUUGUUGCAAACAAGGCUAUCACACAGCAUGUGGAGGUCUUGCCUCCUCUUGAGAAGCAUAGACGGUUGGAGCAAAUACUGCGGUCUCAGGAACCAGGAUCCAAGAUAAUUAUCUUCUGUUCAACUAAAAAAAUGUGUGAUCAGCUUGCCCGCAAUCUUAACCGAUAUUUUGGAGCUGCUGCUAUCCAUGGGGACAAGUCUCAGAGUGAGAGGGAUAGUGUGUUGAGCCAAUUCAAGAGUGGGAGGUCUCCGGUGCUUGUUGCUACUGAUGUUGCAGCUCGAGGACUGGAUAUUAAAGAUGUCAGGGCUGUUGUCAACUAUGACUUCCCUACGGGAGUGGAGGACUAUGUCCAUCGGAUUGGGAGGACAGGGAGAGCAGGUGCUAGUGGAGUGGCGUACACAUUCUUUGGCGAGCAGGAUGCAAAAUAUGCAUCGGAUCUCAUCAAGAUUCUCGAAGGUGCUAAUCAAAAGGUCCCUGCAGAGAUCCGUAGCUUGGCUUCUCGCGGUGGUGGAGGUGGGGGCAGGUUUAGGCGUUGGGGUAACUCUGACAAUGGUGGUGGGGGUCGCGGUGGACGUGGAGACUCAGGUUAUGGUGGAAGGGGAUCUUAUGGUGGAAGAGAUGGUGGGCGUGGGUAUGGCAGCGAUACUCGUGAUAGGUAUGGCGGUGACUCCAAUGGGUAUCGGAGCAGAAGCCGAAGCCCAGCUGUAAAGGGACCAGGCUAUGGAGGAAGCUGGCAUAAUCGUGACCGUAGCCGCAGCAGAAGCCGCAGCAGGAGCCCUGAGAGGUUUGAUCGGAACCGUUCCCCUGUGCGCAGCUUCCAUCAGUUAAUGAUGGAGAAGCAGCAGCGCACUUCCUCCAACUCUGAGAAGUCGUCAAGGGAGCCCAGGAGGUCUGGCUCUCCGGCUGGUGGAAGAAGGUGGAGCGAGUCGAUGGGGCGAGAUGAAAGGGCUACUGGUGGACCCAAGGCAUCUUUUUAUGGGGAAGAUGAAGAGGAAGGCAUGAUCCGGGCAGACGCAUAGGUGGAGAUCCUCUCUCUUAUCAGAAAACUGAUGCAGGCCUUUUAUUUUUAUUUUUUGGGUGUCGUAGCUGUUUGUAGUUGUGAAGUCGGGGAGGACAGUUUAGGAAGUGUUGAUUUUGUCUUCCCUCUUUAACUGGAAGGGCUUAAGAACUAAGGGACAUGAAGCGGAAGUGGAAUUUUUUGCCGACCUCUCGGAGGCUAUCAUGAACUGUCAGUAGUAGUAGCAUAUAUACCGAAGCAGCGAGAGAAGACUCUGGAAGGAUGUGUGCUUAGGCAUCUAUAUAUGUAACUGGAAAAUGACCGGAUCUGAAUUUAUAUGAUGGUUUAGUAUUUAUGUCCAGUA